AUGCAGAUUCCUUUGCUUCGGCUACAAUGCGGCGUUAACAGCUACGACUGGGGCAAGGUAGGCCAAGAGUCUGCAGCAGCCCGAUAUGCGGCCACCACAGCUGCCCCGGACUUCGCGGUGGAGGCGGAGAAGCCCUACGCAGAGCUGUGGAUGGGCACCCACCCCUCUCUGCCUUCGAAAGAUGUCGAGACUCAGCGCUCCCUCCUCGAUCUCGUCCAAGACAAUCAAGCUCUUCUGUCGACGGAAAUCAGCGAGCGUUAUGGCAGCCGACUGCCUUUUCUUUUCAAGGUACUCUCCAUUCGCAAGGCGCUGAGCAUCCAAGCCCACCCCAACAAGAAGCUGGCCGAGCAGCUCCAUGCACGGGAUCCUAGAAACUAUCCGGAUGACAACCACAAGCCCGAGAUGACUAUUGCCGUCACCCCAUUCGAAGGACUUUGCGGCUUCCGUCCCCUCGCCGAGAUCAGCCACUUCCUUCAGGCUAUUGAGCCUCUUCGCAAGCUUGUUGGCGACCAGGCCGCCAGCCAGUUCGAGCAGGCUGUCAAGGGCAAUGAGGAUUCAGACGUCAUGGAUGUUGUUCAGAAGAAUAAGGAUGCGUUGCGCUCGUUGUUCACCACCCUGAUGGAGUCUUCCCCCGAAAACAUCGAGACUGCUUGCAAGGAGCUCGUCGCUCUUGCAAAGAACUCACCAGAGAGCUUCGGUACUAUUUCCGGUGAGGUCGAGACCAACCCGACCAACCCGGUCGAGCUGGCCUCGAUCAUCGAGCGACUGGACCAACAGUUCCCCCACGACAUUGGCUCGUUUGUUUUCUUCUUCCUCAACUUCAUCAAGCUCGAGCCCGGCGAAGCUAUGUUCCUCAAGGCGGACGACAUCCACGCUUAUGUCUCGGGCGACAUCAUCGAGUGCAUGGCCUCGUCUGAUAACGUCGUCCGCGCCGGUUUCACCCCGAAGUUCAAGGAUGUGGAUACCCUGACCAAGAUGUUGACCUACUCCUACGCCCCUAUCGAGGAGCAGAAGCUGCAGCCAAAGGACUAUCCGUAUGCUGUCUUGAAUGCAACGGCGUACUCUAGCGCCUCCGAGUCUAUGCUGUAUGAUCCGCCAAUCGAGGAGUUCAGUGUUGUCAAGACCGACCUGAAACGAACUGGCGCCAAGGCCACAUUCGACCCUAUCGAGGGACCCAGUAUCAUUAUCUGUACUCGUGGAAAUGGCACAAUUACUGUUGGCAACAAGACCGAGGAAGUGCGCGAGGGCUACGUGUUCUUCGUUGGCGCGACUGCCGAGUGCAUCAUCCAGAACACCGGCAGCGGAGAAGGCGAGGAUGAUGUCUUCACAACGUUCAAGGCGUUCUGCGAACUGGACGGUAAGGAGGACAUGGUCAAUGGUCACUAA